CUCCCUCUAUCCCUCUCUCUCCCUCUCACCCUGAGAUGUACUGUAGGACUCCCUCUAUCCCUCUCUCUCCCUCUCACCCUGAGACGUACUGUAGGACUCCCUCUAUCCCUCUCUCUCCCUCUCACCCUGAGACAUACUGUAGGACUCCCUCUUUCCCUCUCUCUCCCUCUCACCCUGAGACGUACUGUAGGACUCCCUCUAUCCCUUUCUCUCCCUCUCACCCUGAGACGUACUGUAGGACUCCCUCUAUCCCUCUCUCUCCCUCUCACCCUGAGACGUACUGUAGGACUCCCUCUUUCCCUCUCUCUCCCUCUCACCCUGAGACGUACUGUAGGACUCCCUCUAUCCCUCUCUCUCCCUCUCACCCUGAGACGUACUGUAGGACUCCCUCUAUCCCUCUCUCUCCCUCUCACCCUGAGACGUACUGUAGGACUCCCUCUAUCCCUCUCUCUCCCUCUCACCCUGAGACAUACUGUAGGACUCCCUCUUUCCCUCUCUCUCCCUCUCACCCUGAGACAUACUGUAGGACUCCCUCUUUCCCUCUCUCUCCCUCUCACCCUGAGACAUACUGUAGGACUCCCUCUAUCCCUCUCUCUCCCUCUCACCCUGAGACGUACUGUAGGACUCCCUCUAUCCCUCUCUCUCCCUCUCACCCUGAGGUGUACUGUAGGACUCCCUCUAUCCCUCUCUCUCCCUCUCACCCUGAGACUUACUGUAGGACUCCCUCACUCCCUCUUUCCCUCUCUCUCCCUCUCACCCUGAGACAUACUGUAGGACUCCCUCUAUCCCUCUCUCUCCCUCUCACCCUGAGAUUUACUGUAGGACUCCCUCUAUCCCUCUCUCUCCCUCUCACCCUGAGACAUACUGUAGGACUCCCUCUAUCCCUCUCUCUCCCUCUCACCCUGAGACGUACUGUAGGACUCCCUCUUUCCCUCUCUCUCCCUCUCACCCUGAGACGUACUGUAGGACUCCCUCUAUCCCCUCUCUCCCUCUCACCCUGAGACAUACUG